CCCGCUGACAUCGCUCGGAGGGACGAUUACCUUAUCGCAAUUUCGCGAAUGCUGAACCAACUAGCCGGGCAGCUGGUCAAGCUUAGCUUUUCAUUUCAUAUGCAACAGGAAACAAGCCUAUCCAACGUGCUGGGCGGUCCACACAAUUUCGACACCGCAACCCAAUCUAACUUCCGGUUACCGAGAAUGAUGUCGAAAUUACAGCUGUUUCGGAACGAUCUGGUCGACAUUUUUCAGUGUGCGGACGACUUGUUGGAAAGUAUGCCCGCUCUGGAAACUUUACUGAUUGGGGGAACAAUUCGAAAGGCGAGAUAUGUGGAGGAAAUUGUGCAAAAUAUUUGCCAUGCGAGAAAGAUUUGGCCAAACUUGCGGAAUUUGAGGAUUAUCGAGUUGCACGAUCCCCAACUCUUGGAGGGAUUGAAGACAGCGUUUCCGAAUUUGGUCAGGCUCCAGUUGGAGACAUAUUACAGGACGGACUUUCGCAGGGAAGUGAGCAAGAUGGAGUACCCAGAAGAGAUUGGGGAUGUUAUCAAGAUUCUUUUGGACUGCAAGGAAUUAUUUACUCAGCUGAAAACUUUGCAAAUUAAGCACUACGGUCUAUGGAGUAGAGCGGAUUUUGAUCUAACUGAAGACGAAAUUGAUCUGUUCAAGCAACUUCUCAUUGCGAUGAAUGGAAUGGACGAGGUCAAAAUUUGCCAGGUUUACUUGUGCGACAAGGCAGCAGAAACUAUGCUCGCUUUCAUGAAGGCGAUCAAAAUGUCCACGUCCAGGUUUAUGAUAAUUCAGCGCGGCACAAUGUUCACAUAAUUAUGACAGAAUUAAUUAUCAAGUUAAACUGGUUAAAUUAAAUAUUUAUUAAUUUAUUCGAGUAAGAAGGAUCUCGACAAAGUAUAAAUUUCAUAUAUGUAUGUAGCUUUCAUUUGUUGAAAAAAUAAUCAAUCAAUCACUUACUUUAUUAGAAUUUUCUUAAGCUACAUAUGCGAAGUACGAAAGCAAAUUUGAUUUAAAUUUAGGCUUAAAUAAAUAUGUAGGUAGGACUGCAAUACAGAGGCUAUUUUUUCGACCCAUUUUUCGAUACUUUCGAUAUUGUGGACUUCGGUAUCAACAAUGUUAGAUAUUUAAACAGAUUGUGACAUAGUGUCGUGGAGUUUUAGUGAAAAAUAUGAUAAAUACUUUGAACCACAUUUAAAUUAAUGCAAAAAGAAACAAGCAAAUAUG